CCAGUUUCCGUUUAACAUUAGGGAAAUGACGCGAGAGCUUCGAUGGCGCUACGGAUCUAAAAUCAACCAAUCAAACCAGUGCGUGUGGAAAUAAUGGUUCCCUGAAUUCAGACUGUCAGGUUGCAGCCUGUCACACUCUGAUCAAGUUUGCUGGUCAAGGCUGCUGCCGACGAAGGAAAGCUAGGCGAAAAGUUGACAUCUGUGGGCCAGUAAUGCUGUGAGGGUGGAGCAAUGGAGACCACAGACAAAGUUACUGAGGGUUCCCCUCUGAAGUCAGCAGAAGAUGGGACAGAAACAGUCACAACACCAUCAGCAACAGAACUCAAGAAGAAGAGUUGUAAGGAAGUCUUGGGUUUUUCCAGAAUGACCCACUGGAGAACGGCAGUCUUCUUCCUUUCCCUGUUCCUCUGCCUCACUGUAGUGUUUGCCUUCUCCUUCGUCAUCCCCUGUCCGGAGAGACCCCAAUAUAAUGUAACCUGGAACAGAGAUUUCGCCGAAGCAGCAACAUAUGACUUCCUUGCUUUUGAGCAAGCAAACAGGGACAAGGUCAUGGAUGUCCUGUUUGUCAUAAAGAGUACAGAAAGUUCUCCAAACAAAUCGUGUGCAAACGCAGGUUUGCCUUCACCAUGUCUGUUCAUGUUGGCGCUGGACGGAACCAAAGGAAGGACGCUGUGGGAGAGGCCGCUGGAUGCUGAGUUCCACUGGGCCCAGUGUGGCCUGCAGACAGGGACGAGGAGAUCCUGGCACUGUCUGUUGUCCCACUCUGACAACCUGACAGCUAUUGACAAAUACACCGGUGAUGUGGUUUGGCAGCAGCCUCAGCCUACAGGUCUCCGCAGCUCUUUGCCUGUCCUCAGUGUCCCAGAUCUGGAUGGGGACAAGGUCAGUGAUGUGGUGCUGGUGGCGUCAGACGACACGCAGACUCAGCUGAUAUUGCUCUCUGGGAAGAAGGGGACUCAGAUCGGUUCCACUGUGAUUAUUGACUCCAUCGGCACUAAUAAUCAUCUCCUCCACUACACUAAAGGCGGCUCCUACUAUGUGCUGCUACAAAGAGACUCACGUGUGUGUGGACUGGCUCUCUGGAAGAUUGCUGCCAAAGCCAAACUAGAGCCGGUCCCGGGUCUGAACAAGGACAAAGACCUGGAGAACAAUGCCAGCAACACAACCGGCCUGGUUCCCAUCUACUUGUCUGAGGCAGGAAGUCUGCUCAGAAUUAAAGACUCAGAUGAUUCAUCUGACCUUCUGGCUGUUUCUAAAAGAGUGGUGGCCUUAGUUGAUGGAAGCACAUUGAAGCUAAGGUGGAGAUUCAACACCAUCGCAAUCAUUGGAAAACCCUCCUUCGGUCACUUUAAUAAAGAUAACAUCCUUGAUCUUGUGGUUGAGGAUGACGUAGGAAACUUCACUAAAAGGAUAACCAUCCUGGACGGGCAGACUGGUGGCUUGCUGUGGGAAUCCAACCUUUUGGCGAGCACCAACUCCCCCAGACCUGAUGCUAUACACACCAUCAACUCCUUCUCUGUCUUUAUGUUUUGGGGCUUGGUACCGUCAGAGUCCAACUCAUCCGAACCGUUGACCAGUGAGCAACACUCCUACAUGCUGCAUCCCAGCUAUCCCAACGUUCUCCUGGAAUGCACCAACGUCCCAGAUCACAUCGUAACAUUUAAAGCCACCCUCAUGGAGCUUGGACGCCACGCCGCCUAUUUCCUCCUGAAGGGUCCGGAGAAGGAAGGAAGUGAAGGCACUGUGGUCCUCACCAAGCGUAAGCUGAAGCAGGACGUCCCCUCAUGCAAUUUAAUCCGUAUCAGCGACGAAGGAGCUCUACACAGCAAAGAAGAUCUCCAAGAAGCUUUCAACCGACUCCGCUUCAGCAGCGACUGGUGACAAAUCCCCCCCUGCUGUGUGUGGGUUUAUUUUCCUGGCUGUAAACGCAAAGCAUUUACUUUAGUUACCAGUUUCUAGCUGCUGCCAGACAAAGAAAAUCCUUCUUGUUCAAACAACCUUACCUUUACCUGAGCUGAAAAGAGUCUUCCUGAAAGCAGACAUUACAUUGAGGCCCAGUUUGGUCUAAUCAAAGUUUAAAAGGCAUCUGUAAAGCUGCUGAAAAAUCACGCCUGCCUUUGCUGUAGUUGGUUAGUUAAGCCAGGCCUCCUCAUAGAGGCUGGAGGAUCAUUUGGAUCUAUGCAUCUUUGUGUCAUUUUGUUGUUUUAUAAAGUAACACCCAUAGUGGUGCAGAGGUUAGUUUAUCUGGAAACACAGACGCCUUAAGGGAAUCAUUACAGGGCUGUUAAACAUGACUUGAUUGGUUCUGAAUAAGCAGAAGAGCUGAGGGUUUGUUGGUGCUGCUGCACCAGCAACAGAACCUCCCACUGAAUGGUAAACACUAACAAACUGUUGAAGAGUCAGAAAGUCAGAUUUGAUGAGACAUAAAUGUUGAUUCUUAGCUGAAUCCAAGAUGCUGGAACUUGUGCUGAGGCUUUAGUCCUGGUUCUGGUGUUAAGGAGAUGUUUAGCUAAGAUCUCAGCUCAGAUGGGAUCCAGGACUAAGCCUGAUCAAAAUCUGUUGCAAUAUUCUCUAUUAAAUACACAUUAGACUGUAAUUCACUACAUCUGCUGUAAGGUUUCACCUCCCAGGGAUUCACAAGGAGUCUGUAAAUUAAAGAAGACAUGAUUGUACAUUUUCUUGCAUUAAUAUAUUGAACCUGUGGAGCUUUUAUUAUUUGAUGAAAUGUUUGGAUUUAAGAAUUAGUUUUUUGUCUUAAAGAAUUUAGUUUAAAAUGUGUAUCUGUUGUUUUCUUGUCACUUUAAUAGUAUUAAAUGAUCUGACACUAAUUGUUUAUUAUAUUGAAGAUGUACUUAAGCCCACAAUUAUUCAUACCCCUGGCUGAUUUAGAUUUCAAUUUAUUUUUCAUUCAACCAUACUGUUUGUUUCUGACAGGAAAUGAGAUGAGCUUCCAGAUAUCAGGAAAAUCUUUAUCAGCAUUAGAGAAAUGUUUCCUUUGGUGUCCUGUUGAUUUAUCUUUGUGGUUGGUAGGCCUCCUUAUCAUAACCCUAAUCUUCAGCUCCAAGAUUUAUGUCAGAACCCUGGUCGAGUCGCUCCAAAACAUUAGUAUUACUUCUAAUCCGAAGUAACAUGUUGGUCCAAUGAAAGACUACCGUACACCUCAGUCUGCCAGGGGUGUGAAUACUUUUACGCUAAAUCUUGUAAGAAUCACCUUUUAUAAACGUCAUUCUGAUUAUCGUGAA